GGCGGAUCGGUGUCUCCUUCAGUUCGCCCUCCACUGCCCACGGCUGCAGCAGCGCGGUCUGCCGCACGACUCUGUCCGCCCGUGAGCGGCUCGAGCCCUGCUCCGCCGACGACCCGCCACAAGCAGCUCCAAUGGCGAUUCCUCCAUCAUAUGUAGACCUUGGCAAACCUGCCAGAGAUAUCUUCAAUAAAGGAUAUGGCUUUGGGUUGGUGAAACUGGAUGUGAAAACAAAAUCUGCAAGUGGAGUGGAAUUCACAACGUCUGGUUCAUCGAACACAGACACUGGAAAAGUGAACGGGAGCUUGGAGACCAAAUACAAGUGGGCUGAGUAUGGUCUGACUUUCACAGAAAAAUGGAACACAGAUAACACUCUGGGAACAGAAAUUGCAAUUGAAGAUCAGCUUGCCAAAGGCUUGAAGUUGACAUUUGAUACAACUUUCUCACCAAAUACGGGAAAGAAAAGUGGUAAAAUUAAGUCAACUUAUAAACGUGAAUGCAUAAACCUAGGCUGUGAUGUUGACUUUGAUUUUGCUGGGCCUGCAGUCCAUGGUUCAGCUGUCUUGGGUUAUGAAGGCUGGCUUGCUGGUUAUCAGAUGACUUUUGAUAGUGCCAAAUCAAAAUUGACAAGAAAUAAUUUCUCUGUGGGUUACAAGACUGGAGACUUCCAACUGCACACUAGUGUCAAUGAUGGUUCUGAAUUUGGUGGGUCAAUUUACCAAAAAGUGAGUGACAAUCUUGAAACUGCUAUAAACCUGUCUUGGACAUCAGGUAGCAACAGCACUCGCUUUGGCUUUGCAGCUAAAUACAAGUUGGAUUCCACUGCUUCUCUUUCAGGAAAGGUGAACAAUUCUAGUCUAAUUGGAGUGGGUUAUACCCAGACCCUGAGGCCAGGUGUGAAGCUUACACUGUCUGCCCUGAUAGAUGGAAAGAACAUCAAUGCUGGUGGCCAUAAACUUGGUCUUGGCCUGGAACUGGAGGCUUAAAAAGGUGAAGAAACUGCUGCAGAGAAGGGAUAUCAGAAGAAUUUGGCCUUAAAAUGUAUUUCCAAUGUGACCAGCAGGCUUUUUUCCAGGAAGGAUGACCUAGAACAACAAGAGCUGUAUUUGAAGUAUUUAGACAGUUACUUGUUAGCUGGUUUCUAGUUAAAUUGGUUACCCAUCUAGUUAAAAUUCUGCAUUAGUGCAGUCACUUAAACAUUAUUUAAAUGUAUUUAACUGUUUAAUGCGCUACCCACAAAUAAUGAAAUAGACAUUUAUGAAAACUGUACAAUUGUGUGCAUGUUUGUUUUUAUGUUCCUUUUAACAUUCGAUAUUGCCAUUGAAUGGAAAAUGGAUCACUGGAUGUUUUGAAAUGAGGUCAACAAUUUUGUUGAAUGACCUGAACUAGAAAUACAUUUGGUAUCCCAAGACAAAUUAUGAAUAAAACAAGUACACACACAUACUUGUGCCUCAGAUAUUUUAAGAGUGAAGAUACGAGGGUAGUGCUCAGUUAAGUUUUAACUUUAAGUAACCCAAGAAGUAGUGCUCUGUACCUUUGUGCAAUUAAGGACCCUCACCCAUGACAAUACUGAAUAUAGGUGAACAGUUGGAUUCCUCAAGCAAAUUGAAUGUGCUUUUCUGUCAGGUAAGGUUUGUCACAACACAAUGGUUUAUUCCCCCUGUGAUCCACGAGCAAGAUGUACUGUGUUCCUAGUUGGCCUUCUGAUGCAAAAAGUGCAGAUCGGUGUACUCGGCACACUGAGACAUUUAGAAAUGUUCCUUGAAGAACCUCACCACAAACACACCUUUUGCUUAUAUUUGUAUGAAGUGAGAUGUAUCUCUGCAAUGGAAUGUAACAGUGUAAUGGUAUAACAGCCUGCUUAUCCCAACUGCUGUGAGAGGUUUCUGCUUAAAAUGACUGAAAUAAAGACAAUUUUAAAUGGA